AUGGCUUCAUCACCCUGCACGCUUGCGACGUGCGACGUCUCCGACAGCCCGUACGGCUACCGUCCGGCACUAACAGGCAGCGCCGUCUUCGCCGCCGUCUCGGCCCUCUGCCUCGUCAUCAACGGCGCCGUCGCCGCUCGGUCAACACAACGACACGCCACCGCCCCCUUCUCCGUCAUCGUGACCCUCGCCUGCGUGCUCGAGUUGCUGGGCUGGGUGGACCGCAUGGCAGGCUGGACCGAUCCCUGGGCCGUGUACCCUCUCCUGCAGAGCAAGGCCCUGCUCACCAUUGCCCCCAUCUUUGUCACUUCAAGUCUCUGCAGAAACUCAGAUUCUGAUUCUCUGUUCUGCAGUAUCUACGUCUGCCUUGCACCAAUGGUUCGGAUUCUAGGCACAGAACACUCCUUCAUCAAACCAGAGCUCUACAGCCCCAUCCUCCUCCCGCUGGACGGCCUCGCCCUCCUCCUCCAAAUCGUAGGCCUCGGCGUCGGCUUCCAAAACGUGCCGUACACCCUCUCAUCCCAGACCUCCUACGCACCCAACGACGUGGGCGCCAAAAUCAUCCUGGCGGGCCUGGCCGUCCAGCUCGUGACCCUGGUUGCCGCGGGCCUUUCCCUCGCUUUCAUCCUCCUCCGCGCAGCCCGCUCCUACCGGCAGUACGGCUACACCACCUUCCACCGAGACGUGGGCUACGUACCUCUGACGGGCCGCUUCCGCAUCUUCGCCGGCGCAGUGCCGUCCGCCAUGGUCGUCUUAUUCGGCAGGAUGUGUUUCAGGGUCGCCGAGUACGCAGAGGGCUUUCGGGGCCCGUUGGCGAGGGGCGGCGGGGAGGGAUUGUUUCUCGGGCUCGAGGGGUUUCUUGUCGGGUACGCGCUCUUGGCGAUCGUGGGGUGCCACCCGGCGUUGUUCUUGAAGGAUGGGAAGAUGGUUUCGAGGAUCGAGUCGGAGCCGUUUGUGGGUAUUGAUGGUGUUGGGAGUACCGGCGGGAACGGCGAUCACGAGAGAGAUUUGGAGGAGCUUAGUAAGGUGUAUCAGAGGCACCACGAGGAGGAGCAGAGGUUGUCGAGAUUUGAGCGUGUUUGA